AUGUCAGGAACUCGAAUCUCAAGUCGACCCACGCACAAUUCCGUUGAUGAAUUAAAGAAUGGAUCGAGAAGACGGGCCGAAAAUUUCGACCCAGAAACAUCCUUGGCUGAGUGCAGUCAUCGGGUGCAAGAUACCAAACACGGUUCUUGUGCUGAGAACGAGCUCAACGCGCACUACGACUCAGAAGAUAAGCGCAGGCGGUCUAGCGACACCCAAAGUAUUCCGACACCUCCUGGAACAAUAAUAGAUUCAGAGGAAUCGUUCCAAUGCCGAGGCCUCGAUUAUGAGCCUGAUUUAUGGAGGUCUCAUUCCAGCUUGCAACAGCCGAUUGCCCAGGCUUCCGGAUCAGGGUUUAGCCACAGGGGAAGUAGUUACUCGUCAAGCAUUCCGGCAUCUCCCGGAACAGUGGAAUCGGAUUCUGAUGAAUCUUUUCAAUGUCGCGGCCUUCAGUAUGAGCCUGGGGAAUACACGCCUGACUUAGGCUCACAUGCGUCGAUUUCCCCGGCUUCCGGAUCAGGCUUGCGUCACAGAGGAACCGGGCACUCACGAAGUAUUUCAACAUCUCCUGAAGCAGUGGCCGUAGAUUCGGACGAGUCCUUUCAGUGUCGGGGCCUUUCCUAUCAGAGCGAGCCCGAACACUAUAGGCCUGAUCCUCGCUCUCAAGAUUCGAUUUCUCGGGCUUCCGCAUCUAGAUUGAGUCACAGAGGGACUGGAUACUCCGACUCGCAGUCGAUAUCUUCUGGAGCUGUGGACUCAGACUCGGACGAGUCAUUUCAGUGCCGGGGCCUUUCCUUUCAGAGCGAGCCUGAACAACAUAGGCCUGAUCCUAGUCCACAAGGUUUCAAUACCUGGACUUCCACUGGUGGUAACACUAAGAAAAAUCCCCGAAAGGAUAGAAACUUUUUAGGGUUGAGAUUAGAUCUCGCCUCCAUCUCUAACUUCAAGCUCAAAGAGACCGAUUCCAAUCAUCGUCAAGAUGAUACUGAAACGAAAGCUCCAAACGCAAAGUUUGAAGUUGAGUCGCUGACCUUGCCUGUUGCUGCAAGCCCGCUGUCUCCAGCCUAUCCCGCCAAAACCUCCCUUAGCAACUCCGGCGUGCCGAUUCUAGGGAGUUCAAAGCUUCGAACUUUGAAACUAGAGAGGGAAAACCGUCAGAAAAGUCGGCUCCACGGUAUCAAGACGGCCCUCAAGAGAAUCUUGAGGGUUCCUAAGGGUAAAAAUGGCUGCGGAAAACUCGAUGGAUAA